CUUUGCCGGUAGCUUGAUGGACUCCCAGUCACAUCACCAACGCCCAUAAAGCGGCCACAUACAGGAAAUGCACCAAGCGUCCGAGAGAACGAUAUACUUAUUCCGUUUCAUCUUCGCUGCAGUGGUUAUUUGUACAUCAUUUUGAGUUUUUAUUUUAUUUUUAUCCGCUGUGUUCGCUGCAUGACAAUUAAGCUAGCUCCGCCUCGCAAUUCUGUACGCUGAUCACUUCAACAGUCUUAACUCUCUUGGUAUCGGAAGAAUGGCAACCCAGAUCGAUAAAGAAGGUUGCCGGGAGGCUUACAACCAAGUAAGAGACGACAAUACGGACACAAACUGGGCUGUGUUUAAAUACCAAGGCUCCAUGAUCGUGCCUGCAGGGCAAGGGACGGACUAUGAGGACUUCAAGAAGAUGUGCACUGAUGACGCUCGUCUGUUUUGCUUCCUGCGGAUCAUGACGGGAGACGCAAUGAGCAAACGAGCCAAGUUCACCCUCAUCACCUGGAUUGGAGAGAGUAUCAGUGGGCUGCAGCGUGCCAAAAUCAGCACCGACAAAUCGCUGGUAAAAGAGAUUGUGCAGAACUUUGCCAAGGAGUUCAUGAUCAGCGAUCUGAAGGAAGUGGAUGAGGACUACAUUCGCACGGAGCUGAAGAAGGCAGGCGGAGCCAACUAUGAUGCCCAAGCCGAGUAGAGACGUGCCACAAUACAGAAAAAAGAGAAAUGGGAGGUGUAUUGGAGGUGUUUGCUGACAACAUACACGAAACAUAGACUGAACAUCCUUUUAAAACAAGAACCCCAAAAUGAGCCUGACGGGGUAAGACCUUAAUAGUACGAGGGGACACGUGGAUUCACGCUCGCUGUAACGUGAACUAAACGUGCUCUUUACAUGCUUCGACAUACUUCAAACAUGAACUAUGGAAGCCAUCAAAACCCAUCAAUACAUCCAUUUUCUACCGCUUGUCCCUUUUGGGGUGCCAUCCAAACCAACAUUUGGUAACUUCAAGAAAACCCUAUUAGUUUACCUGUAACAUGUAGAGUCUCUACAGUUGACACUGUUUACUUAUGUUGACAAACUCAUCAAGUCCUGGUCUAAAGUCUUUUCUUCUUAGUCUUUUCAUUCUGCUUUUGUGGACCUAAAAUGUGAUCCUGUUUAUGUCAACGUGUGUUGUAGUGUAGUUGACUUCAUUGUAAUCGCAAAAUCAGAUUAAUGGAUCUGCUACUUGCCUUCAAAGCUUUGGCAUUGAACUAAAGGUUCUUUCUUUUGUUCUUCUUUCAUUCCUCUUUUUGCAACUAUCCAUCCUUUUUCUACCGCUUGUCCCUCUCGGGGUUGCGGGGGUGGCUGGAGCCUAUCCCAACUGCAUCCGAACGGAAGGCGGCGUACACCCUGGACAAGUCGCCAUCUCAUCGCAAGGCCAACACAGAUAGACAACGUUCACACCUGGUUAUGUUGACAUGAGUAAUCAGAGGAAUGUUGAUUUAAAAUAGAUUCCACUUGACAACGAAUUGGUUUAAACGACGCCGUACGCUGCAGACUAGCAACAAAAGGAUUGAAUCCUGUCUUGAUCAAGGUUUCAGUUCUUUUUUGGAUGACAACUUGACACAAAAAUGCUAACCUUCCAAGAAGAUGCUAAGCUUAGGUAAAGAUGCUAAUUUUAGUUACUAUACCGGCAAUGAGAAUAUCCAUCCAUCCAUUUUGGACCGCUUGUCCGUCUCCGGGUUGCGGGGGUGCUGCAUUCGGGCAUAAGGCAGCGUACACCCUGGACAAGUCACCACCUCAUCACAGGGCCAACACAGACAACAUUCCCACACUAGGGCCAAUUUAGUGUUGCCAAUCUACCUAUCCUCCGGUGCAUGUAUUUGGAGAAGCCGGAGUACCCGAAAGGAACCCACCCAGCCUUGGGAAGAACAUGCAAACUCCACACAGAAAGACCCCGAGCCCAGGAAUCGAACCCAAGACCUUCUUAUUGUGAGGUACCGGCACAAUUUUAAUUUUCCUGAAGGAGAGUUCCUUCAGGAAUCAAUAAAGUACUAUCUAUCUAUCUUUCUAACCUCUGUUUCACCGUGCUGCCCUGCAAUGACAACAAAAAGACAUAUUUAUUAUUUUACAAGACUCAUUCCAUUUCAACACCGCGAAAAGAAAAAGCACAGAAAUGUCUUCGUGACUUUAAACUGAUAAUCAACUUCCUGAAUCUUGUUCAGUCUUUCAAAAACACCUAAAAUGUCAUUGUUUCCUGUUACUCUUGCUCAACUCUCCGCUGAACAAUCAUGAGUUUUUGACAUGAUCAACAAAAUAAACAUACUGUACUUGUUUAAGCUUAAAAUGUAUUCGCAUAGGAAAAAUAAAUCUGAUGUGGUGCACCUAUGUUGCUAUGGUAACUGCUACUCAAUUCAUGUGCAUGUUAUAUAUCCAUGCAAAACAAAGAACGUCAGUUAAAAGCGGAAACAUUACAAAGCACAGAUGCGUGUUUAUAAAAAAAGGCAAAAAAAAGCCAACAUUUAGCUGGUCCACCAGUACAAGUAUCGUUCUUCCGCUGCUAAGAUGUCUUCUUUUAUCCAGCAGCAAACACACCAAAGUAUUGACUGUCACAUCAACAUCAUCAUGCACACUAAAACAUGUUUGAUGGGGGUUUUUUUAAUAAACAUUUCAUGUGCUGAAUGUGUACUGUUCAUUGUCACAUCCCAACUGCACGGUGAAGUUAUUAACGCAAAGAAAUUCAUCAUGUAAUAAAAUGAAAGCCACCAUACACAGAACAAUAUUUGUAUCAGUCUGAUUGUUAGGAUCAAGGAGGUGACCCCAGGAUGCAGAGGCAAGGUUGAAUUACAAAAAAAGGGAAAAUUUAUUAUGUCCAAAAAGUGUAACAAAAGGCAAUGGGGCAGAAGUGCACACCAUGAAUAAACAAACAAAAACAGGUCCCCCAGUGGUCGGCAGGGGAAAAGACCAGUGCACACUGAGCACAACAAAUGGUCCAACACAAAAUCCUUUUACCUCAGAGAGGCUAGGAAGCAAACACAAAGAGGUGAGGAAUUUCAGGAAUAAGAAGAGACUACAUACCAGGAUUGACGAAGUUAAGCAGGUGAAGGAGAAAAUAACCGGCAGGACCCAGCUUUCGGUGACAAGCUUGAAUACACCUAGGUAGGGAUUUGUUGCAGGUGUGGCUCGCUGGUGACUAAUUAACUGAAGAAAACAGACACCAUAAAAAAGACAAGGCAAGGAAAUGACAAAACACAACCUUGAUGGUCACCGUUUAGCUUUGUGAGUGCCUCCUACUACUUUUUCAUCUCUAUGGCGUCCAGCCUCAAAGUCAAAAAUCACCUUGCUUCUCUUAAAGUUUUGUUUUGUAGAUCUUUUUUAUUUUUAUUAUUUUAUACUUGCAAGUUUCAUAAUAUGUGCUCCCAAUAAACCGCAAUAAGAAUGAAACUUAUAGACGGCCAGUACUUCCCAUAAUGAUGCAUUCAAAUAUGAGGAUUAUUGUCCGACUAAAAGACAAACUCGUGACAAGACAUUUAUACACGAUUAUUCCCUUUGACUGCACACAAAAUAAAGUUGUGCAAAAUAAGUCAAAAAAAGCAAAAACUACUGUUGGCGCUCAUUCAAAAAUCCUUUGUUGUAUCCUUAAAUUCCUCCCUCCUGUGCCUCAAAGAAUAUUCCCUGAAUUUGUAAUCAAUAGAACAACAAAACAGCGAUAACACAAAGGGGGUAACUUCGAAAAAAAAUGUAUCACCAUUUUUGUAUCAAUACUGAUACUUCCCUUUGGUAUCGAUGCAGUUGCUAUUUGAACCGAUCUGCCCACCCAUACAUUUUUAGUGUGUGUAAAUAAUAUUGCAGUAAGACACAUUUUAGGACAGUUCCUUUUUCAUUGAGCAGCAGCAGUUUUAGAUAUUUGUAAAGGGGGGAAACAAUGAAAGGUUACAUAUUUGACUGCCUUACCAUGCAGAGACAAAUGGUGGCGCUUCUGCCAGCACACUGUGAUAGGUGACCCCUCACAAAGGUUUCAAACUUACGAUGGCGUCUUUCACUUGUAGCAUCUUUCUUUGCUUCCUCGAUUUCUCGCUUCAUCCUUGCCAUCUUUGGCACUGGUGGAAAAUCAAAAUGUGAAUGGACUCAAAAGUCAGUAAUUACAAAAUAAAAUGGAUGUUUUUUUCCCUGAAA